CAAAAGCAAACAAUUUCUCUCUCGCUUGUCCAAAUACAAUUCCAGUGCUCUAUUAAUACUCAAAUCUACUCUUCUCUUCUCUGUUCAACCAGCCAAACCCAAACCUAAACCCAGCAAAAGCCAAAGCUAGCCACCCUCUGCUUAUAUAUAUCACUAAAGAAGUUUCAUCACUCAAAUAUUCUUCUUUUUUAUUUCUUUCCAUUAAUAUAAAUAUUUUCUUUCCUACUUUUUGUUGUUGCAAUGAGCUAAUCAACUUCAUCACGGGUCCGAAAAUUGCUUCCUCUCCCAAUUUCCAAUCCUUAUAUAAACCCCUUCACUCCCUCUACUCUUUUCACCAUCGCUACACCUAGCUAUAUCUUUCUUUCUUUUUUUUCUUUUUUCUUUCUGCGUUUUUUCCAAGAAAUAAAACCUGAAAUAUUAUUAACAUGAAUUGUCUCCAGAGUUGGCCUGAGCCAGUGGUUCGAGUCCAGUAUCUGUCUGAGAGUGGCAUGCGUGCCAUUCCAGACCGAUAUAUCAAGCCACCAAGAGACAGGCCUACCUUGAAGCCUGGUUCUGAAAUCAACCAAGAUGUUGACAUUCCCGUUGUUGAUCUUCAGAACCUGUUCAACAAAGACCGUGCCCUCCAGGAGGAGACCUUGAGACGCAUCUCCAGCGCGUGCAUAGACUGGGGCUUCUUCCAGGCUGUGAACCAUGGGGUUAGCCAUGAGCUGAUGAGGCGUACGCGCGAGGUUUGGCGUGAGUUCUUUAACUUGCCGGUUGAAGUGAAACAAGAGUACGCCAACACGCCAAGUACAUAUGAAGGGUACGGUAGUCGCUUGGGAGUGGAGAAAGGUGCGAUCCUUGAUUGGAGUGAUUACUUUUUUCUUCAUUACAUGCCCGUUUCGUUGAGGAAUCAAAGCAAGUGGCCUUCACAGCCGUCAUCUUGCAGGGAACUGGUUUCAGAAUAUGGUGCUGAAGUUGUAAAACUAUGUGGAAGGCUGCUCAAGGCCAUGUCUAAAAAUCUUGGACUAAAAGAAGACUAUCUACAGAAUGCCUUUGGUGGAGAAAAUAUUGGUGCCUGCUUAAGGGUCAAUUUCUAUCCAAAGUGUCCUCAACCUGACCUUACACUAGGUCUUUCCUCUCAUUCAGACCCUGGUGGCAUGACCAUUCUCCUGCCUGAUCACGACGUAGCUGGACUCCAAGUUCGUAAGAAUGACAAGUGGAUCACUGUGAAGCCUGUUCCCAAUGCUUUCAUUGUCAACGUUGGAGAUCAGAUUCAGGUGCUGAGCAAUGCAGUUUACAAGAGUGUUGAACAUCGUGUAAUCGUGAAUUCAGAAAAAGAUCGCGUCUCCCUAGCUUUCUUCUACAACCCCAAGAGUGAUUUACUCAUUGAACCAGCCAAGGAGCUUGUGAGUGAGGACCGGCCAGCACUAUACAAUCCCAUGACCUUUGAUGAGUACAGACUUUACAUUAGGACGAAGGGUCCUUGUGGCAAAGCACAAGUUGAAUCUUUGAAAUCUAAUAGAUAGUCGUAAAUCUUAAUAUUAUGUGAUAAAACAGUGUGUGGCAAUAGCCUCGCUGCAUUUAAAUAAUAAUACUCUAAAUUUCAAACUCAAAUUGCUUCUAAACAUGACAGCUUGAUCUAAGCUUAUUUGAAGUUUUACAUGUUAAAUUACUGUAUGCAAGCAUUUCAGGAAGCGAUUUGUGUCCUAUUACGAAAGUUCUCAAUUCUCAAUGCCUUUUGCUAGAUAUUAUUGCCUGAGUCAAAUGAGACCCCAAAAUACAAAAUGAUUAAGUGGAUGCAUGUAUAAAACUUGUUGCCAGUGUCAAUUUUGGAGCCUUUGCACACUUGCAUUGGAUAUUGAAAGUUGCCUCAAUAUUUCAUGAAAUAAAAUACAGGGAUAUAAAUAAUAUAUUAAUACUCGUA